AUGCCUAACACCUUCAACAAAGCUCUUCCUGAUACUCUUGCUAAACUUGCAGAUCUGGGUCUAGAUUUGUCAGGCUGUAUAGAAUAUGAAAAAGUUCCAAUUGUACAUGGUGGAUACUGCACUGUUUACAUUGGGACUGUGUCCCUUACUUCCAAAGAGUCCUUGAAGAACUCUGAGGAGGAAACUAAAAUGAAUGUUACAGUCAAAGAACUUUGUUUAGAUAUUUCAGCUAGUAGAGAUUCUGAAAAAAUACUUGCCAAGGAGUUGUACAUUUGGUCAAAAAUCAAACAUGCUAAUAUCCUGUCACUUCAAGGCUUCAUUUUGGAGAAUG